AUGUCCUUGUUUUAUAUAGAAUACAGGCGCUGGAAUACAGAUUAUUUGAAGGGAAAAUACUUGUAUAGAUGUUUAGUGAAUACACUUGGUACUGAAAAAGACAUACGCAAAAAACAACAGCUGUUUAUUAUGAAAGAUAUGGUAAUUAAUACAAAUUUGUCGUGUACAUCGAUAAUUAUAUCGAGCGGAAGCUCAGCCGAAGGGCUUGAUUUACCAGAUAGUGACAGAGAUGUAAUGUACGUCAUCAAACACGUAGACGUAAUACGCGAUGUAAGGAAUAUAAAGCACCCAGUACAACGGACAACACUGCUGAUGGAAACUGAUAAUGAUCAUCCUGGAUUUACUAGACUUCGAUUGGUAGCAGGAGGGGAUGGAGAAACUCGCUUUAUAACAUUGAAACAUUUCGAAAGUUCUAAAAACGGUUUAUAUUUAUCAGUCAACGAAUUUGUAAAUAAUCUAAAACGUCCAUUGGCAUAUCUCCAACUAUCAUCACACGGUCCCUGCUUAUCUGAUAAAGGUCAAAACUUGGAUACUGUACACUGUUUUCAUAGUAGAUAUUUACCUUUCAAUGCAAUGGCAUGGGCUUCACGUUAUCGACAGCAGUGGCCCCCUAAUUUUGCUAUUGAUAAGAUUAUAGAAUAUGGUUGUUUGUUAGUACCUAUUGGCCCAAGGACUAUGCCAGAUUGUAAUGUACAAUGGAGAGUGUCCUUUUCUGUGGCCGAAAAACAACUUGUGUAUUCGUUUAACUAUACACAACUGUUAUGUUACGGUCUCCUUAAACUAACAUUAAAGCACAUAAUUAACAAACACAAACGUGUUGAAGGUUUAUUGUGUUCAUACUUUCUGAAGACAGUUUUAUUCUGGGUCUCAGAAGAAGAGGAUAUAGACACAUUUCAAUUUCCUAAAUUGUUUUAUUGUUUUACCAAAUGCAUAAAGAAAUUGAUUGUAUGGGUAAACCAAUGUUUCUGUCCUAACUAUUUCAUACCUGAACACAACAUGUUCCAAGGAAAGAUUUGUUCGGAUAACAAUAUAAUACUUAUACAAGUUUUGGAGACUUUAGAUAUUGAUGGUUUGAUAAGGAAUGUGUAUUCCCAUUACAAUGAAAAGUAUCUUUUAUUAGAUACAAUAAAGGACUCUUCUUUCAUUAUGUUAGACUUCUCAUUUUACAGAAUAUGUGACUUGGCACCUAUAACAGACAUGUCCAGUUGUAUCGAAACACUGCUGCUCACAAAUAUUUUAAUUAAUUCAAAAUCAUCUAUAUUUAUUAAUGAUGUAUGUAAAUACUUUUAUGCUGACAUGAGUCAAAAUGCAGCACAAUUACUUCCAACACCAAAUAUACCGACAGAAAGAUACAACAAACACAAACGUUAUCAUAGACAUUUGCAGGACGGUACUUACACAGAUGCUGUAUCAGGUUGGCUGUUAUACGCGUCGUUUUAUUAUGUGACAGGACAAUUUAAUGUGGUACUUAUAUUGAUAGAUUAUGUCUUGUCAAGAUGUUCAUCUGAUAUGAUAAUAUUAGGUAGUGGAAACCAUACUGAAGGACAGAUAAAUAAUUACAGGAAUCAUGUCCAUUCUACAAUGUCACUGAAUGAUAAGAUGAGAAUAGCUACUAUAAGACCUGUUGUAUACCUGAAGAACUCAUCAUUGAUACCAGGGGAGCUACAACUGGAGGUCAAAGAACAAGAUAUUACUUUGCCUUCUAAUUUCAUGUCUCACUGUCUUAGAUUUUUAUGUUAUCAUCAUCUUAAUGACAUAUUUAACCGGGAAAACUCUUUACGUGAUUUAUACUCAACAGUGAAAGAUAUGAAUUAUACUAUGCCAUGUUUGUUAUCUUAUUCAAGAACAAUCCUAGGAGUAUGCUAUGAGAUAUCCGGGGAUAAGGAUGCAGCCUAUCAGUGCUAUGAUGACGCUCUAAACUGUGAUGGUUUUAUUUGUCUUUCAGCAAUAAGAAGAAAAUCAAUGUUAUUUUCCUCCUCAUAA